UGGACAUAGAGGUGUCAGUCAGUAGACACGAUUGUUCUCUUUCGAGUCCGACUGGUCUUUCUCUGGUAUAUGGCGACACGCCGAUAGGAUUUGAUCACGUUGCUCACAGGCAGGCAGGCAGGCAGGCAGCCAUGCACACGUUGCACUCACCACUUCACUUCACCCACCACACAGUCUGCCAGCCACUCAUGGAUGCGAUCGAUGCACUUCUUGCACGACUCCCAGUCAGUCCUCCUCAAUCAGCGGCGCUUGAAUGUCAUGUGCUGGGGACAAUGGCGGCCUUCGGUGUAAGCGGCUGGGAACGUCCACCUGCGGCAGCCCUUGGUGGCAGCGGAGGCCUCUGAAUCCAUGUCGUUUUGGUCGAGGAAUCCGCUCGCCUGCAUUGUUAGACGGGCCGUCACCUCUGCAGCCAGCCAACACGCCCAAGAGAUAAGUGAGGCGUGUAGGGGGAGGGGGGAGGGAUGGAGACACGCUGUCUCAGCUGUCUCACGCACUUACCCUUGUCAGAUGGAAAUGCCGCGCCUCUGUCGGUUCUCCCUUGCCUCCCCCGUCCAUAGUCUGCAUUCAAUCAGCACAGACAUCAUCAAAACAUGCACCAGAGGUGCAUUGGUAAGGAAGGGAUGGAGACACAUCGUCGGUGUCUCACCUUGGUGAACAGUGACCUUCGUAUAAUCCUCUCCUCCAAAUCCCAAUCCUCCUGCUGUCGUACGAUAUUGGUCCUCCUCACCGUGGCGCUCAUGGACCCAUCCACAGCCAUCCUGGGUGUCGAUCGUGGUGCUCGACGUCUUGGUGGUCUUCUGUGCCUCGUCCUCCGUCUUGUCGUGCGGCUUCCGGAUCAACCCGAUGCAGCGACUGGCCAGCUCUUGCAGCCCGACCACCAUGCCGUCAUAAAGUGCGUUGGCGAAGCCCUGGACCAUGAAACUGGAGGAGUGCUCCAGCCACCGCGGCUGCUCCUCUUGCCCCAUCUCCCCCCUGGCCAGUAAGCUUCUGUGCUGCACGCUUCUCGGCCCGCUCUUGCUCUUGCGCUCGUAUCUCCUCCUUGACGAUCUUGUGCCAUUCCUGCAAUCCCUCUCUGAUUUGUCGCAGGCGCCGGCUCUCUCCUGAUCGGCGGUCUCGGCAACCAUUCGGCCAGCUUGGAUGCCCUUCGCGCACAAGACACUUCAAUUGAGACACUUCGUCCGUCCCUGGCCCUUACCCCCAACCCCACCCUGCCAAUUUCUCGUGUGCGUAUGCCGAUAGUGAUGGCCGACUCCCUUUGCCACCCGGCGAUAUCCGGUGCCCUGUCUUUUGCUUCGAUCCAAUGUAACGCAGCUGGUUCCCAGUAAGGUUCGAUUUCGGGGGUCGCCGGGUCUCGCUGCAAUGAAUACCAGACGGAUGCACUGAUUGGGG